GCAGGCUCAACUACACCACCGGUAUUCCACUGGAAUAUCUGCUUGCCAGCGCCACUACCAACCCAUAUCCCUCCCUGUCUCUCUACUGACUGUUUUCCAUCUCUGUAGAAACUUCUUCAUAUUGAGAGUUGUGCAGUUCUGCGUCGGAGAGAGACGUCGGGAAAGCGCGGAGGAGAGGUUUUAUAUGCUUUGGAAGUUAAUCUUAUCUGCGUAUUAUUUCCUCCUUGGUUUCGUAUUACAGAGGGAGUGAGCGCAGCAGCGCGAGUUUCGCGAUGUAAACUGACAGCGUCAUGAUAUGUUUUGGUUUCCCGAUGUUAAGCAAGAAAUCUAAAGGAAAAACUUAAACGAAUAGCCUUCAGCUGACAUUUGUUAGUAUGUGGAAUAAUUUGUAACUAACUGAAUCUUCCAAAAACAAAUCCGAGAUAACGGAAAGGAAAAGGAUACUGUAUCUGUCGUCAGUUUACGCGGAUCGUCAGUUUACGCGGAGGGAACUGACAGGGAGAGUAGGCUAUUGCAUUAUUAUCACCACAGCUGCUGAACAGAGGAGCAUACAUAAGAGAACAAAUACUACGGCUGCCAGAGUCUGUUCCCACACUGUCUAUCUCCACUGUCACUCAACAUCAACCAGCGAAUCAACAGCCUCGCUGAGACUGCCGGGCUCUAUCGGAGCCAUGGGUGGGGCUAAGGUCCUGAUGUUGGUUCUUCUGAUUGGUUGGGAGAAGUCGUUAAGUCUCAACUGGAACCCAAUACCACGCAAGACCGUCAGAUACCAUGAGGUGCUGGACAGCAUGGCCAGGUUCCGGGCUCUAGGUGUGUGGAACUACACUAUGGUGACUCUAGCAGAACACGAGAGGGUUCUAUAUGUAGGAGCUAGAGAGGUCCUAUUCGCCCUGGACCCUAACGACAUCAGCAGACAACUACGACCUCUGAUUGAGUGGCCAGCACCACAGGAGAAUAAGAGAGCGUGUUCUGCCAAGGGCAAGAACAACCAGACGGAGUGCUUCAACUACAUCCGCUUCCUGCAGAGCUACAACCACACCCACCUCUACACCUGUGGAACAUACGCCUUCCAGCCCAAGUGCACCUACAUCAAUGCAGACCACUUCAGUCUCAACCCUGGCUCCCUGGAGGAUGGGAAGGGCAAGUGUCCCUACGACCCUGCCAAAGGCCACACAGGCCUCAUAGUGGACAAGGAGCUGUACUCAGCCACACUUAACAACUUCCUGGGUACUGAGCCUGUGAUCCUGAGGAACCUAGGACAGCAACACUACAGCAUGAAGAGUGAAUACCUGCCGGCCUGGCUCAACGAGCCCGACUUUGUGGGCUCGGCCUUGGUGAGGGAGAGCAGUGGCAGUAAGGAGGGGGACGAUGACAAGAUCUACUUCUUCUUCAGUGAGAGAGCUGUAGAGCUGGACUGUGACACAGAGCUCAUUGUGGCCAGGGUGGCCCGUGUCUGCAAGGGUGAUCUGGGGGGCACCAGGACCCUGCAGAAGAAGUGGACCACCUUUCAGAAGGCCAGGCUGGUGUGUUCUCUCCCUGAGCGCCACGUCACCUUCAACAACCUGCGGGAAGUCUUCACCCUGCCAGGCACCGACUGGCGCACCACCACCUUCUAUGGCAUCUUCCACGCCCAAUGGGGGGAUGUGGAUGUGUCAGCGGUGUGUCAGUACCAGAUAGGGGAGGUGAAGAAGGUGUUUGACGGCCCGUAUAAGGAGUACAGAGAGGGCUCACAGAGAUGGGGACGAUACACUGGCACUGUCCCCAGCCCACGGCCUGGAGCGUGCAUUACAAGCUGGCACAGGGAGAACGGCUACAACAGCUCUCUUCAGCUGCCAGACGCCACCCUCAACUUUGCCAAGAAGCACCCUCUGAUGGAGGAGAAGGCCCAGGCUCGCCCCCUACUGCUCACCAAGGGCAUCAACUUCACCCGCCUGGCAGUGGACCGGGUCAGCUCCCUGGACCAGCGUGCAUACAACAUGCUUUUCAUCGGCACAGCGGAUGGCUGGUUACAGAGGGUAGUGAUCCUAGGCUCGGAGGCCCAUGUGAUUGAAGAGAUACAGCUGUUUGAUUCUCCCCAGCCAGUGGACAGCCUGACCAUCUCUCACACCAAGAAGUACUUAUACAUUGGCUCGCGUUCAAAGGUGCUCCAGCUGCCCUUGGCUAACUGCAGCCGCUAUCAGUCACAGCCAGACUGCCUUCUGUCCCGGGACCCCUACUGCGCCUGGGACAGCGAGGGCCGUGCCUGUGUCCGAAUCGACCUCCACCGCGGGUCUACCUCCUCCCUAUCCCAAGAUCUGAUGCUGGAGAGAUUCAGCAGGGGCAAAGCCAAGUUUGACAAGCCUGUGGCCAUCCCCAGCCCUGACCACUCUCGGCUGAGGAAUGUGACAGUAGUGGUAGAAUCAGACAUGGUGCUUCCCUGCCAGCUGGUGUCUAACCUGGCCCAGCCCUCCUGGGUCCUCAACGACCGCGAGCUGCAGCUAGGAGACGAGGAGGCCGGGGGGGCACGCUUCGACCAGGCCCUGAAGGCUCUGGUGGUCCCUAACGCCAUGCCAGUGCACGCGGGACGCUACGUGUGCUACUCCGAGGAGCAGGGGGUAAAGUUUCAGAUGCAGCGCUACCAGGUGUCGGUGGUGGCAAGCUCUCCUGUGGUCAUGGCGGCCCGGGCCCCUGACGGCAGCAUGGGUCUGUUCUGGGUGUUAGUGAUCACCCUGGGGGCCGCCUGUUUAUUACUAUUGGUGGCAGCUCUGUAUCUGAGGAGACGUCUGAAGCUGGCCCUAGGUAAAGGGGCAGACAUGAAGCCUCUGGAGAGCACCCUGGUCUACCCCAUCACCCUGCCCAAGGAGCCACCCACUUUCGUGCCCAGCAAAAUGCCCAGCGACGAGGACCGCUUCUGGGAGACGGGCGCCAACUACUACUACUCAGACGGCUCGCUGAAGAUUGUUCCGGGCCACGCCCUGGGCCCCAGCAGCCAGUCUCACCACCACACCCCCACGGCGUCUUCCAGCACCAUCCCCGGCCAGCCCAUCCACUCACCCAGCCGGCUCAGCCUUACCAACAUCAGGGGUUCCGGCAGCAAUGGCUACAUCCGCCUCAACCUGAGCUCGGCCGUGGAGGAGAGGGUUAGCGGGGGUGGUUCUGGGGGAGGAGGGCUGGGGCUUAGCGGGGGCGGGAACGACUACUCCAGCCCUUUCAAGGAGGAGCUGCGUCGGACCCUGCAGCAGAGGAGCGUGCUGCCUGAUGCCAACCCUGAAGAGUCGUCUGUGUAGUCUUUCUACGCGCCCGUCAUAAUGAAAAAACAAAACAAGAGACAACGAACAUCAACUAACCUACCUCCCUCCUUUACAGGACUCCUCUCACUCUCUCUUUCUCAGCUCCACUCUCACUCCAUGCUUUCUCUCGUUUUCUGCCAAUGCUCAUUUGGCUGACUCUGUGACUGGCGGCAGACGUUUUUAACACACAGCAUGUGAUGUGACACACACAUCAGCAUCCGCUCCUGUUAUUAUUUUUAUUAUUAUACGCCACACUGGCUGUCACAUUUUAACUUCUUCAGCAGUUUAACUUGCUUUCACUGUGCAAAUCUCAAGCUGUGUAAAUUCUGUAUUUAAAGACAAUUGAACGCAGAGGGCCUACACCUCAAGCAUGUCAGUCAAACAAAUGGAGAGGUUUCCUGAGAGCACUGCUUCAUGAUAAGAGAGGACCAAGAACUCCUGACAAGGUUGUAGCUUCAGCGCUAUACCAAUAAUCCAAUAGUCAAGCAGCACAAGUCGACUGACUGAAAGAUGGAGGAGCUGGCUUGCCUUUUUUCUGUUCUGUUGGGGACUUUUUCGCUUGUUGCACUUAACAUGGGAGUAUGGGAGUCUAUUUUGUAUUUGUGAGCAAAGGGAGUGAGAGAGUCACAUAAAAAGACAAAUUAAUCUCAAAAGCAAGACGACAAUCACGUUCCUCUCUCCGGGGGUAAAACCUGGGAAGGAAAGGGAUGGAGAGAGAGAGAAUGAAGGAAGUUUUGCGUGAAAGACAUGGGGUUUACAUGAAGGACAAACUCUCAAUUAGACUUUCUCGGCUCAAUUUGUACUUUUUUCACGUUGUCAGUCUUUCUUCUGAGAAAGUCUUCGACCCCUGCCACAUUGAUAUAUUGUGACAAUUUAAAUUAAGACAUUUCUAUGUGUUGUUUUUCAAAGUCUUACGGACUACGGAAGCGACAAAUGGAGACCAAUGGCUUUAAAGCACCCCUAUGUGAAUGAGAAUGUGAGAGAAGCACGUACCUACCUCUCCUAUCCCUGCACAAAGUAGAUAUCUCCCCAAAUAACCUCCACACUAGUAAAUACAUUUUAGUACUACUUUUACAAUAACUGCACUAUACAUUUACACAAGUGGUUAAUGGGAAUUUCAGUUAAACCCAUUCAGAUACUUAUACACUUCCUUGUGAUGUGAUUAUGGAAAUGUCUGUUUGACAUAAUCCCACAACAGAAUCUACAACAGCACAUUCACUUAUUAUUCAGAAUUUGAGAUUAAAUGAAGGCAUUGCUUUCAGCCAUGUAGUAGGGAUGGCACGGGGGAAUGUAGGUAAACUCUCACCAAACUGUUGCGACUGCAGUGGAUGUCUCAACAAGUGCUUUAUAAUAUGUAUGUGUAUGGGUGGGGGUGGUGGCGGGUUGAACUGCCAAAAGGAGCCCUCUCUCCCCUGCACUGCCCUGAAUGCCAAACCUGGUGGAUGUAGUAGUAUGUCCUGGAGGGGGCGGGCCAUAGCACUGUACCUGUCCUAGACACACCCUUUAAUAUCCCCUUAUUUCCCUAAACCUCACCCACUUACCCACAUACCCACCCACCUCCCUACCUACCUACCGAUGUCCAGAGAAUGACCUGGCGCUACUGUGGAAAGCCUGAAUUCAGAGAGAAGGACGGACACUGAACUGUAAACCCACAAUGCCUGUGCUGUUAGAUGGACAAGCAGACAACAGAUGGUAGAUAGAUGAAUGGCCUGUGACGAACCAACGGCUCCCGAGAGCGAUCAGAGGCUCAUCAAUCAGAGGGGUGGCUUUGUGACACAUCUGCAGGGACCAGAACAACACAACACAAAGGAGGAACAAGAGGAGGACAAUGUUUAUUUCUUUCUCUCCAAAAUGUAGACUAGAGACAGCUGAAGGGGAUAUAGAAUAUUGUAAUGAUCCCUGGGUUGAAGAGGUACUUACUUACUUGGCCAUCAGUGGUUAGUUCAUCCUAGUGUUGCAUGAUCUUCUCUGCAAAUGUACUGUACACAUCUCUGAUGACAUGAUCAGAAUUGUAAAAGAAGUGUAUAAUGUUUCAAACUUUUGCAGAUACUAAUGUUUUCUACUAAAAAAAGUUUAAUUAAUGCUUAAGAGUUGUUAAGGACUUCUUUAUGAAUACAUCCAUCUUCUUAACAUGUUUACUUUUGUUGUGCCUCUUCACCUUCGGAUAAGCCAAAGUAGACUGCAGUUGCUUUUUUGAAAAGGGUAUUAUUUGAUAUUAUUUUAUUAUUCCACUUCGAUAUUUAAGUUUCAACAAUCCGUCCAACUAAACUUCAAAGAACUCUCAUCUCUGGAACUUUCCUGCAUAUUUUAUUUAGAGCUUUUUCUUCAGAAGGCAACAAGCUUGUGGCUGGUCAACAUCCUGUUUAGAUGUCAGUAGUAAUCUACUGACGCCGAUCCCUGACUUCAUACCACAUGAGAAAGUAAACAAAUCAUCAGAACGUCAUAGGACCAACCAAGCAAAGCAACUUCCUUUUAACCAAAUGAUAACUCGUGAUUUCAUGAUCUGAGGUUUGAUAUAAAAUCUUAAAUAUUUAUACAUUUAAUAUGUAUAGAUUGAAUAUGUUACCAAGCACUGGUUCAGACACUUUACAAUCUAUUAACAUUACCCUUAAGAGAUUGCUGUACAUUCAAGCUACAGGAGCUGUUAAGAUUGGUAUAGAUAUUUAACUGAUUUGUCUUACAAUUAUGUAUUACAUUUUUUGUCAUAAAACUGUCUUAGAAGAAAAUUAUCCAUCAAACAAAAGUGAUGUAAGGCUCAAUCUAAAAAAGAUAUCUGCAUGUGCGACCUGUGUGUAACAAUUCUGGAUCUACAUAGGCUAGUUAUUAUACUCUGCCUGUCAAAACAACGCUUUCCACAAUCUUCUCACCUAAGACUCUUCAUAUUCUGCUGUUUUUCAAUAAUAUUAUUAUAUUACCAUUAUUAUUAUUAUUAUUAAUUUACUUUUUGGCUUUAAGUUGCAAAAGUUCCUCUGGCUGUUUUUUUUUUUUUUUAAGGGUGUUAAGUAACUUAUUUUGCUUGUAAAAACAUGUCUAUUUAUUAUCAUUGUACAUAUGUCCUUAUUUUUUAUAUGUGUGUAUAUAUACAUGAAUAAAAGUAG